AUGACGGAAAGGAGAACUAUUGAGAAUUUUUUAAGCGAAAUCGACGAAGAUCUAGUCCAAUAUGCGAAACAAUUACGGAAAUAUGGAUUUACGUCGAACAACAGUAUGAAGCAUUGGGUAGAAGCGGACUUUCAAUUAAUCAAUAUGCAAGUGCCAGAGGGUCACAAGAGAAUGAUUAUGGAAGCCGUUUCGAGAAUGUCAAGGACAAGCCCUCAAUCAAAUAAAACCAAACGGAAAAAUACACCAACUGUAGGAGAAAGUCCAGAAUCAAAGUCCCACUGUGCUGAGUCUAGUAAGGCACGCAGUGUACGUAGUCCAAGACCAAGAAAUAGAAGAACUGACGGCUUUCCCAGGCGCAGACUUAACCAAGAAAUGAUCUGUUUCAGUAUGCUAGAGGAAGUUACUGAUUCUGAGAAUGAGGACAAUAUCAGGGACGAACCGGACGAUGGAGCGGUACAUAAAGUCCAAGGAAGCUGA